AUGUCACAAACUCGAAGCGGCAUGGUGCCACCACCUCUAUCACCAGGUAUGAAACCAGAUGGCACACCGAACUCUGGAGGUGCUGGUAAUAAAGAUGCCACGAAUCCUGAAGAGCUGCCGAUGGGAAAUCUCAGUUUAAAUCCGACGCAAUCGUUACCGCCACCACCACCGCCCUCUGCGCAGAGCCAGCGAUCGCAGCAACAUGCAUUGAAUGCUCAGGAUGUUGGUGGUCUAGGUGGGAUGCAAGAAGGAGGGAUAGGCGGAUUGCCAGAACCCAUCUUGGGAACUCCCUUGCAGAAUCCAUCCACAGACAUGUUCUCAGUCGAAUUUAUGAACAGCGUUGUGAGGAGUCAACUAGAAGAGUCUGUUCCUGGUUUUUUCACACCAGAGGAAGAACUUAAUUUUGUACGGGACUUUGGGCAUUGGUUCAACCCGGAGGAUACGCUGGAUGACAUGAUGGGAAAUCUCAGUUUAAAUCCGACGACUGGAACGGCUUCGUCGACGCCGGUGUUGUCGCAGUCAGUACUGCCACCUCCAUCGUCCUCUUUGCAGAGCCAGGGAUCACGGCAAAAUGCACCGAAUGUUCAAGGUGUUGGUGGUCGAGGGAUGAGCAGAGUGCCAUAUCCCAUGACGCCCUCUCAGCAGCGGUUGACGGACAUGUUCCCAGCCGAAUCUAUGAAUAGCGUUGAAAGCCAGCUAGAAGACUUUGAUAUUGGUCUGUUCAUACCGGACGAUAUCAACUUUGAGCGAGACUUUGGGCAGUGGUUCAAUCCGGACGAUGAGCUAGAGUGGUGAUGACAUCUGGUUUCUAUGACAGUUGUGACUCGCUGGACCUUGUCGUUCAAGUUAACGUUUCUUGUGUGUCUUCCGCUGUGUGGAUGGUUAUUGAAGGCUGUCUACUACCCCCCAACUCCUUCUUCUGUUCCACAUCUUCCCCCUACUUGAGUGUUACCUUCUAUCUUGUCGCGAAAUAUAGCCUUGGUAGUAAGUUAGACUUUCUACUUGCUUUCUACGCGGUACUAUUUUUUCGCUC